CGAUCGUUGGCGGCAGUAGAGGAAUGGCAUAACACACUGCUGCCUGCAUGUCUGUAGGUACAUAUCUGUAACCAGUCAAUUUCCAUCCACUUUCCCAUUUUCUCCCUUAUGACUCGUGGUCAGACAAAGAACAAGCAGCGCCAACUUGACAGGGCAGAAAGAGCUCGUAAUGCCAAAGCCAUCUGUGACCAUUGUGAUUAUACAUUUGACACAUUAAAAGCAAACAUGCCAAAAGCCAUGGAGUCUGUUCUCCGGGAGACAAUCAUGAUCCGCAGAUGGGAGCAUCGUGUACCCAGAUGGAUUUCAGUAUAUCGGGAUGGUCUUGAUGCAAAAUAUGCUCAGGCGCAAGUAGAGACUUUCAGCUCAAAGAAGUAUAAAUCUCAUGGACGUAUUCCCGAGUCCCUAGCAGUACAAUUUGAUACAUCAUGA